AAAGUAUUUCUACUCAACUCAAAGUGUUUGUCUUCUGUGUAAUUGUGCCAUUCUUGCGUGGCACAUGACAGCUAGACUAGCUUUUGUAAUGCUUUAGUCGUCCCCUGUUCUGAUGUUUUGAGUAAAUGGUUUUGAGUAAUUGGCUUUGACUUUUAUUGUAUGUCAUACUGAUAUUCAUUUUGUGAAUAUUGAGAGUCAAUGUUAAUAGUGUCAAUUAGAGUAAAUGUGUAAUGUGUAAAAUGUAAAUGUGGUAGGUUCAAAGAUGCAUUGAAUAUUCGACCACUCUACUUUGAGUGAAUGGUAUGUUAAUAGGAAAAAAUUUAAAAAUGAUUGUGGGUGCGUCUAAGUUUAAAAAUUGCAUUCAAAUGUGGGUUGAAAUGACCUAGGUGUUGACAGCCGCUGGAGCUUAACUUUGGUGGUGGGACAGAUAAGCACAAGGUUUGAGACUGGACUGCCAAAAUCCAAAAUGGGUGAGAAGUGAUCAGCUCAAUUCUGUGUUGUUUCAGCAGGUAUUUGUGGUAUCUUUGGCUACUGAAUAAUGUACAGGCCUAAUACCAAUAUAAUUAAUUUUGGAUGCAAUAAAUAUUUUCUUAUCUUUCUUAAUAAUCAAAUUAUUAUAUGCUCUAGAUGUUGUUGCCCUGAGGAUUAAUAAUAUUCAAUAAUAGCAAUUAUUUGGUAAAGAGUGUACAACUUGAAAAUUAAUUAUAUGACUGAAGUUGUGUUUAGUGAUGAGGUGGUAGAUGUUAAAGAUGUCGAAGUGACAAUAAAGGGGGAGCAUAAGGAGAGAAACUGCCGAGUUAUGACCAGCAUGCUGGAUCGUAGAGAUAGUUCAUUCAUCGUACGAUAUAAAUUAUACGAGACUUGCAAAAACUUACAUAUCAGUAUACAGUACAAAUCUAAACAUGUGGCAGGCUCACCUUAUUUCGUUAAAGGUACGGUUCUUCACGAUGACUGCUUUUGCCCUGAGCCAUUUAUAACAACAAUGCUUGAAAAUUACGGUUGCAAACAAUUUAAUCAAAUUCAUUAUGACCUAAGCAGAUUCAAGAGUUUUUCGUUUGACAAAAAUUUUGACAUAUUGGUUAAACGGUUUAAAAACUCCCAUUUAACUAGUGUGUGCCAUUAUGUUGUUAAAAACAAUGAGGUUUACAGGAAUUGUUAUGGUGAGCAUGUAGGCUUUCGAAUGUUUAUGGACACUUUAUUGUUAUCCCUGACCCGGAAAGUGGAACUUCCGGACAUGGAGUUCUUCUCCAACCUUGGUGACUGGCCAUUAGAGAAGUUGUCAAACAAAGUGGUGUUUCCAAUGUUUUCCUGGUGUGGUUCAAAAGAAACGGCUGACAUUGUAAUGCCAACUUAUGAUAUUAUGGAAUCAUCUUUGACCAUGGGAAGAGUGACCCUAGACAUGCUGUCAGUGCAGGGAAACAUAGAAAAAACCUGGAAAGAAAAAGAGGAAAAAGCAUUCUGGCGUGGGAGAGAUGCAAGUAGGGAAAGGCUCAAAUUGAUAGAUAUUUCAAGAAGUCACCCAGAUCUUUUUAACGCUUCAUUGACAAACUUCUUUUUCUUUAAAGAUGAAGAAAAAUUUUAUGGACCUAAAGCUAAACAUGUAUCAUUUUUUAAAUUUUUUGAUUACAAAUAUCAAAUCAAUUUAGAUGGAACAGUAGCAGCCUAUCGGUUUCCAUACCUGUUGGCUGGUGAUUCCUUGGUACUCAAGCAAAAUUCACCUUAUUAUGAACAUUUUUACAGUGAGCUCGAACCAUGGGUUCACUACGUUCCUGUUAAGAGAGAUCUGAGUGAUCUGGUCGAAAAGAUUAAAUGGGCGAAAGAGAACGAUGACAAAGCAAAAGCUAUCUCGCAAGCUGGGCGGAGGUUUGCAGUUGAAAAUCUCCUACCCCAGGACAUUCUAUGCUAUCAUGUACAACUAUUUUAUGAAUGGAGCAAACGAUUACUGUCGAAAGUAGAAAUUAAAAAAGGUAUGGAGCGUGUUCAACAGAGUAUUGAUAAAGGUUGCUGUCAUAGAUUAAAAAAGGACGAAUUGUGAGUAUUGACAUGCAAUGUACAAGUAGCUGAUAUUAUUGAGAAUAAGUCUGUGCAUAUCUUAUAUAAAAUGAAAAUUACAAUGUUAAGGUUAAUUUUUAUCAAAUUCCUAUUUAAAAAUAUAAGUAUUCUAGUUAUGUGGCUUAAGUAGUUUGUAUGUAGGUAGUGAAAUUAAUUUUAUUCAUUAAAUAUUUAUCAAUAAUGAAAUGUUAUCACUUAAACUAGUUGGUUGUAUAUUUAUAUGUGGUAGUUGUUAUGUUUUUGUAUUUGAUAUUGUCAUUAUUUGACCAUUAGUUUUUAUAAUUUGUGCCAUGUUUUCAAUGUAUUUCUUCCUAACUAACGGUUAUAUUGCUUAGAAUGUUAAAAAAUAAAUAAAACAUUAAU